UAUCUGUGUUUUGAAAAUGGACGACGUUAACAAUCGUUUGCGUUAUCUUUCUCGCCAUUUGACGGAAGCCAGUAAUAUAAUAUCCACUUUAAUUGAACAAUCUGAUGCACCUACAACGUCUGCACCAUCUUCUGCAACUACAACAACAAGUAUGUCCAGUACAACGUCUGUCGGCUCUGUAUUAAGUCGGGCCCGAGCAAUGAUUUCCCAAUCAAUAUCUAAUGGCGCUUGUUCACGACUUGGAAGAAGAGAACGUUUGAGAGCUACAUCUCAUCAGCAAAAUGCACCGAAAAAGCAGAAGAAGGACGAGCAAAAAGUGUUUGAGUUUGUAAUUGUCGAUAUAAGAGAAGGUGAGGCAAAUUCGUGGUCAUUCUCGGAAGACAUCGUUUUACUGCGAGGAAUUAUUGAAAUCAGUAACAGCUCAGGCGAAAAAGAAGUGCGAGAGAAAAUUGGAACAGCAGCUCGAAUGAAAUACAGCGUUCUCAACAACGAAGAUUUCGAAUUCUUGCGAGCUACAAGACGAGUGUUGACCAAACCGGUCAACAGUGGAGCGUACGACUUCAAACAGGUGAAGUUGUUGGCUGGACAAGGUUCUAUUUAUUUAAAGCUAAAAGACCACAUUUACUGUUUAUUACAAGAAGAAGAAACAAAUGUUGACGACGACGAUUUGGUUCUGAUUCGUGGAAUACAUGAUGAAUGUCAACCUGAACCAACAUCUGAAGCUUCGUCAAGAAUUGUUGAGAAUUGUUCCGUUGUUGCUGGGCCUGAAAAUGCCAAAGUUGAUGACCUUGCUACAAUGACAGUUAACUAUUGUACAUCACAUAAUAUUGAAGAUCCUAUAGAGGUACUGAGGUAUUUUCAAAAAAUCAUGGUUGAAGGCAGAGCCUUGGGCAUUCAAGAUGUUAAUUUGGUUGAAGAAGGAGAAACCAACCUCAUAAUGGUUGACCGCUAUAACAUAUUAGAAACAUCAUUUGAAGAGAUAAAAUCCUUGGAAAAUUUACGCAAAACACUUGAAGUGCAGUUUUAUGGGGAACUUACGUAUCUCACCAGCAAUGACUAACCAGACAAACUUAUCAUCCAACGAAUCUCCCACUGCUGUUGCAUGUGAUGUCGAUACGAGAUAUUAUCCUCACCUGUUUCUGAUUCCUGCUGCAAUAAUUCUCACGAUACUGUCAUUUUUGCGACGAAGAAAGAGUUUCAAGAAAGACGUUUGGGGAGGCCGACCAGGACUUGUUAUCCCUGUAGAUUUCCUUGGUAUUGAUCAUGACAGACUUGCCACCAUGUUUGUGUUUGGAGCUGCUACUGGUUCAAUCCUCAGUCUAGUUUUAGCAGGAGUGAUCGAAGGCAGCAAUGCUUGGGGAAAAGCGUUUCUCAUCGUUGGCAUUGCAAUUGAAAUUGCUUUAAUUUAUUAUCCCUACUUCGCUUGCCUGACGUCGUAUCAUAGAAUUGUUGGAGCAAUGAUGGGCCUUCCAUAUAGCGUGAUCUAUUUUUGCGUAGUAUUAGCAAGCGCUUUUCAGAAGUGUAAAAACAAUACUGCGUCCGGGCACUGGUUAAUCUUUUUGUCAACUUUGCCGAUAUUAAUAUGUUAUGUUUUCAUCAUUGGCAAGUUCAUACUCGUACUUUAUCGAGAGAUUAAAGAAUAUGGAAUCUUCGGAGUGCAGUUAUUUUCCCGUGAUGUUGAGAGUUCCUCUUCGCAAAUGAAAUUGGUCAGACCUUGGUUGAAGAAUCACGUGAAAAACAUUUUCCAACCGAGACCACCUCCCCAGUAUUCAAGAACUGAGUUCUACCUGAGGAAAAUUUACAAUCCCGAGAAAGAUUUUAAAUUUUCAACUGAAACUCUUUCUGUGAUGAUGAUCUGUGGCAUUCUGCUUUAUUCUUUCUUCAUCAAAGGUUUAUAUUUGAUCAGUAUGGCACUAGAAAAUUUAAACUUCUCAAUUCCCUGGGUUUUGGACCUGGUCCGUGGGAUGUUCGGUUCACUUUUGGCUGCUGUGUUUCUUACAACAAUAAUCUGUACGCUCUCCCUCGUUCGUUUCAUGGAAAAUCAUAAGAAUAACAUGCUGCGGAUGUUCAGAGGAGAUAAAUCGUUUAUCCCUAAAAACAUAAGUGCGUCCCAGUUUAUGGUUGGAAGAGGACUUCGAUUCCAUAGUUUUCAGAUUGGAUACUUUCUGUGGGGAUUAAUUUUCGACUUGAUUACCUUGUUUCUUCUCUGUUUUGUUUUAUUUCUCCUGCAAUAUCGCUUUGUCUGGAAAAUUAUUCAUCACUUCGUUGGUGAAUCCAGCAUUAUGGCGGGAGUGGCUUUUUUCAUAUGGAUGUGUACCCUCAUUGCCUCUGUGACAAUAUUCCGUGAUUAUAACUACUCCAGGAAUGUCAUUUCCAUAAACAACAGAAAUCUCUAUUUGGUAUUUUCCUACUUUUGGUUUUUUGUGGGUCUUCCGCUGGGUCUCUUUUCCGCCAUUUUUCGUAUCCUGAAAACAAUGGCUGUGGGACUUUUGAUGUUACCAAGGAUUGAUCAUAGCAUCAUGCCUGAUGGUUUUCAACGCAUUGAUCCAGGUUACAAUGCGUAUAUCUGUUAUCUUCACGUCCAAGCAGCUUUUAGAAACCCAGUUCUUCGAGUGUUUUGUCAAAUGCUGAUCGAUGAUCACGAAACACUCGGUGCUUCCACCGUUCCACGCAGAGGCUUCAUUCGUCUUCACGAUAGCGUUAAGCGAUAAGCAUUUUCGUGUUCGCAUGAUGCAGGAACCCUAGCUGACC